AUGCGGAGCUCGGGGCCCCCGGGUGCGGGACGCCGGAGGCCCCCGGGCAACGGCGGCGGUGGCGGCGGCGACGGCCACCCCAGCACCCCUGCGUCUCUGGCCGGCUGCUACUCCGCACCUCGCAGGGCCCCCCUCUGGACGUGCCUUCUCCUGUGCGCCGCGCUCCGGACCCUCCUGGCCAGCCCCAGCAACGAAGUGAAUUUAUUGGAUUCACGUACUGUCAUGGGGGACUUGGGAUGGAUUGCUUUUCCAAAAAAUGGGUGGGAAGAGAUUGGCGAAGUUGAUGAAAAUUAUGCCCCUAUCCACACAUACCAAGUAUGCAAAGUUAUGGAACAGAAUCAGAAUAACUGGCUUUUGACCAGUUGGAUUUCCAAUGAAGGUGCUUCCAGAAUCUUUAUAGAACUCAAGUUUACUCUGCGUGACUGCAACAGUCUUCCUGGAGGAUUGGGAACCUGUAAGGAAACCUUUAACAUGUAUUACUUUGAGUCGGAUGAUGAGAAUGGGAGAAACAUCAAGGAAAACCAGUACAUCAAAAUUGAUACCAUUGCUGCCGAUGAAAGCUUUACAGAGCUUGAUCUUGGUGACCGCGUUAUGAAACUGAAUACAGAGGUCAGAGAUGUAGGACCUCUAAGCAAGAAAGGAUUUUAUCUUGCCUUUCAAGAUGUGGGUGCUUGCAUUGCUCUGGUUUCUGUGCGUGUGUACUAUAAAAAAUGCCCUUCUGUGGUACGUCACUUGGCUGUGUUCCCUGACACAAUCACUGGAGCUGACUCCUCGCAGUUGCUUGAAGUGUCAGGUUCCUGUGUCAACCAUUCUGUGACAGACGAACCACCCAAAAUGCACUGCAGCGCUGAAGGGGAGUGGCUGGUGCCCAUCGGGAAAUGCAUGUGCAAGGCAGGAUAUGAGGAGAAAAAUGGCACCUGUCAAGUGUGCAGACCUGGGUUCUUCAAAGCCUCACCUCACAGCCAGACCUGCAGCAAAUGUCCACCUCACAGUUUUACCCAUGAGGAAGCUUCAACCUCUUGUGUCUGUGAAAAGGAUUAUUUCAGGAGGGAGUCUGAUCCACCCACAAUGGCAUGCACAAGACCCCCCUCUGCUCCUCGGAAUGCCAUCUCAAAUGUUAAUGAAACUAGUGUCUUUCUGGAAUGGAUUCCCCCUGCUGACACUGGUGGAAGGAAAGAUGUCUCAUAUUAUAUUGCAUGCAAGAAGUGCAACUCCCAUGCAGGUGUGUGUGACGAGUGUGGAGGUCAUGUCAGGUACCUCCCCCAGCAAAUCGGCCUGAAAAACACCUCUGUCAUGAUGGUGGAUCUGCUCGCUCACACAAACUAUACCUUUGAGAUUGAGGCAGUGAAUGGAGUGUCCGACUUGAGCCCAGGAGCCCGGCAAUAUGUGUCUGUAAAUGUAACCACAAAUCAAGCAGCCCCCUCUCCAGUCACCAAUGUGAAAAAGGGGAAGAUUGCAAAAAACAGUAUCUCUUUGUCUUGGCAAGAGCCAGAUCGUCCCAAUGGAAUCAUCCUGGAGUAUGAAAUUAAAUAUUUUGAGAAGGACCAAGAAACCAGCUAUACAAUUAUCAAAUCUAAAGAGACAACUGUAACUGCAGAGGGCUUGAAGCCAGCUUCAGUAUACGUCUUCCAAAUUCGAGCACGCACAGCAGCAGGCUAUGGUGUCUUCAGUCGAAGAUUUGAGUUUGAAACCAUCCCAGUGUCAGUUGCAGCCUCCAGCGAUCAAAGCCAGAUUCCUAUAAUUGCUGUGUCUGUGACAGUGGGAGUCAUUUUGUUGGCAGUGGUUAUCGGCUUCCUCCUCAGUGGAAGUUGCUGCGAAUGUGGCUGUGGAAGGGCUUCUUCCCUGUGCGCUGUUGCCCAUCCAAGCCUAAUAUGGCGGUGUGGUUACAGCAAAGCAAAGCAAGAUCCAGAAGAGGAAAAGAUGCAUUUUCAUAAUGGGCACAUUAAACUGCCAGGAGUAAGAACUUAUAUUGAUCCACACACCUAUGAGGAUCCCAAUCAAGCUGUCCAUGAAUUUGCCAAGGAGAUAGAAGCUUCAUGUAUCACCAUUGAAAGAGUUAUUGGAGCAGGUGAAUUUGGUGAAGUUUGUAGUGGACGGUUGAAACUUCCAGGAAAAAGGGAAUUACCUGUGGCAAUCAAAACCCUCAAAGUAGGCUAUACAGAAAAGCAACGCCGAGAUUUCCUGGGCGAAGCAAGUAUCAUGGGGCAGUUUGAUCAUCCUAACAUCAUCCACUUAGAAGGUGUUGUGACCAAAAGCAAACCCGUGAUGAUAGUGACAGAGUACAUGGAAAAUGGCUCUUUAGAUACAUUUUUAAAGAAAAACGAUGGGCAAUUCACUGUGAUUCAGCUUGUUGGCAUGCUGAGAGGCAUCGCUGCGGGAAUGAAGUACCUUUCCGACAUGGGCUACGUGCAUAGAGACCUUGCUGCCAGAAACAUCUUAAUCAACAGUAACCUUGUGUGCAAAGUGUCUGACUUUGGACUUUCCAGGGUGCUGGAAGACGAUCCCGAGGCAGCCUAUACCACCAGGGGAGGCAAAAUUCCAAUCAGAUGGACGGCCCCAGAAGCUAUAGCUUUCCGAAAGUUUACCUCUGCCAGUGAUGUCUGGAGCUAUGGAAUCGUGAUGUGGGAGGUUGUGUCUUAUGGGGAGAGACCCUAUUGGGAGAUGACCAAUCAAGACGUGAUUAAAGCAGUGGAGGAAGGCUACCGUCUGCCAAGCCCCAUGGACUGUCCUGCUGCUCUCUACCAGUUAAUGCUGGAUUGCUGGCAGAAAGACCGAAAUAGCAGGCCCAAGUUUGAUGAAAUUGUCAACAUGUUGGAUAAGCUGAUACGUAACCCAAGUAGCUUGAAGACGCUGGUGAAUGCAUCGAGCAGGGUAUCUAAUUUAUUGGCAGAACAUGGCCCACUGGGAUCUGGGGCCUACAGAUCAGUAGGUGAAUGGCUAGAAGCAAUCAAAAUGGGCCGGUAUACAGAGAUUUUCAUGGAAAAUGGAUACAGUUCAAUGGACGCUGUGGCUCAGGUGACCUUGGAGGAUUUGAGACGGCUUGGAGUGACUCUUGUCGGUCACCAGAAGAAGAUCAUGAACAGCCUUCAAGAAAUGAAGGUGCAGCUGGUAAAUGGGAUGGUGCCACUGUAACUUCCUUUUCAUGUCACUUCGUCAAGUGAAUGAUUCUGCACUUUGUAAACAAGCCCUGAGAUUUAUUUUAACAAAAAAAAAAGGGGGAAAGGGAAAACUCAGUGAUUUCUAAACCUUAGGAGAGCCUUGGUUCAAGCCACAGAAUUUGUAAUCAGUGUUUUACUAAAAUCUCCUUAUCUUCCUCUCAGUGUCUUCGUUUUUCAUGAAGCAAGUAUAACCCGCAUAGAAUAAAAACAUGAGGUUAAACAUGAUCUUAUGUUGCAACAAGAAAAUCCUUUCCACUACUUCUACAAAAUUUUAUAAAUGAAAAUAUAACUAUAUAGAGCACCUUUACAGACUGAAUUAAGGCAGCCCCUUUCAAAACUUCCAAGAAUCUACUUGAAAGGAAAAGUUUAUAGCCAUUUGUGGGCUAACAAAAGCUGCAAUUUCCUGAAGUUUACUUCAAGUCUGAAUUGUCUACAUAAGUGUAUUGAAGAGCAAUAUGGUUAGAUAAUUUCCUAAUAGAUACCUUCUUUUGUAAUUUUAAAAUGCUGUUACACAGCGUUAAGUUAUAGAAACUAGUGUAUAAAUAUGUUGCUUGAUCAAGGACAAGUACAAUACAGGGUGUAUAUUUAUUUUUCUGUGUUAUAAAAUUUAUGUUCAGUUGCUCUUCUAGAAACUAUUAGGUAAUAAAUGUGUAUAUACUGUAUCAUUUGCUAUAUACCCAGGAAUCAAUUUAAGUUGGAGUUUCGUGUGUGAUGCUUGCACAUGCGUGCGUUACCAUUCUGCUUGCAUUUUUAAUAGUGUUUUAAUUUUAGCAACAUACAGGAACGAGUGUUCCAGAGUGUAAUAGGAAUAGGAGAAAUAGGGAAGCAGUAAAACAAAAUUGAACACAAGCUUGUGUCUUUCUUCCUCUCAUAUGUCCAAAAGCUACUAAAUCUCUUUAUUCACUAACGGGAAAUGUCUAUAAGAUUAAAUCCCCUUUGGCUUUUUGAAAACACUUUGUGAUAUCUGUGACAAUGCAGUUCUUCUAGCCAUUAAUCUUGCACCCCUGUAAGAAAUUUCACCUUUCUGAGUCCCAGAAAAUACCUUGUCAAGCAAAGUUGACACCGAAGGGCACAUUUUCAGCAGGAUGUAGAAGGAUUUAACUGUGCAGGCUUCUGUUAAUGUUGUUAAAUCCAGGCACAUAGCACUAAGCAUUACCCCUAAGUGUUAAUCCUUUGUAACCAUUUCCCUUGUGGUUUAGCUGUAGACAUUUUGAUA